UUGCGCCGUUGUCUAGGCAGAAUGUUCAUGCCGACAGUGUUUUCAGCACUCGCUUGUUUUGCUGUCUUUUGCCAUAUUUGUUCGGGGGAUAAUUACAUUCUAGAUGAUACCAUAGGGCUGGGACGAGCAUUUGACGGCAUUGGCGGUUUAAGUGGUGGAGGGGCAACAUCUCGCCUUCUUGUCAAUUAUGAUGAGCCAUACAGGAGUCAAAUUCUGGAUUAUCUUUUUAAGCCCAACUUUGGUGCUUCUUUGCAAAUCCUGAAAGUUGAAAUUGGAGGCGACGCGCAAUCAACAGACGGCACGGAGCCCUCACAUAUGCACUAUGAAAAUGACGAGAACUACUUCAGAGGAUACGAGUGGUGGCUGAUGGGAGAGGCGAAGAGGAGGAACCCUAACAUCACACUCAUAGGUUUGCCGUGGGCCUUUCCAGGAUGGGUAGGGCAUGGGGAAAACUGGCCAUUCCACUUCCCUGAUAUUACUGUUUCUUAUGUUGUGUCAUGGAUUAUUGGAGCUAAGCAGUACCAUGAGCUUGACAUUGAUUAUGUGGGGAUAUGGAAUGAAAGGAGUUUUGACAGCAAAUAUAUAAAGCUUUUGCGAUACACUCUGGACAAGAGUGGUUUGGAGAGGGUCAGAAUCAUUGCCAGUGACAACCUAUGGGAGCCAAUAACCAGUUUUGUUCUUCUGGACCAAGAGCUGCAGGAGGCUGUGGAUGUUUUAGGGGCUCAUUACCCAGGAACAACCAUAUUACCAGAGGUCCUCAAGACUGGCAAGACACUGUGGUCCUCUGAAGACUACAGCACUUUCAACAAUGACGUGGGGGGAGGUUGCUGGGCCCGCAUCAUCAACCAGAACUACGUCAAUGGCAGCAUGACUGCCACCAUUGCCUGGAACCUGGUUUCCAGCUACUAUCAGGAGCUUCCCUUUGGAAGAGACGGAUUGAUGACCGCUCAAGAACCAUGGAGCGGCAAUUACGUCGUGGAAUCCCCCAUUUGGAUAACUGCGCAUACCACACAGUUUACUCAGCCUGGCUGGAGGUAUCUGCAAACUGUAGGACACCUGAAUCAUGGAGGGAGUUAUGUCGCUUUAACUGACCAGAAAGGAAAUCUAACAGUAGUAAUUGAGACCAUGAGUCACGAUCACUCGGUGUGUAUACGACCUCCUUUGCUUCCCUAUAAUGUCACUUUUCAGAGAGCAACGUUCUCCUUGAAGGGAUCGUUUGCUUUAAUUAAUAAGCUGCAAGUAUGGAACUCAAAGCUCGAUUUCAAAACCAAAAAGCCAGUGUUCUUUCAAAAACAGAAUCCCAUAAAGGUGUCUAAUGGGUCAUUCACCUUGGACCUCAAUGUGGAUGAAGUUUACACAGUAACCACAGUAACCACAGGACAAAAAGGGAGUUACCCAGAGCCUCCUCCGUCUGCUCCCUUCCCUAAAGCCUAUAAAGAUGAUUUCAAUGUCCAAACUCCCAGUUUCUCAGAGGCUCCGAACUUUGCCGAUCAGACUGGGGUGUUUGAGUACUUCAUGAACCUGACAGAUCCCGGUCCUCAUGUUUACACCCUGCAGCAAGUGGUCACUCAGAGGCCAGUCACCUGGGUCGCAGAUGCUGAUCAAACCAUCAGCAUUAUCGGAGAUUACAACUGGCAGGAUGUGAACGUCUCGUGCGACGUGUACAUGGAGAACGAGAAAGGAGGAGGUGUGUUUGUGGCAGCUCGGGUGGAUAAAGGUGGAGGUUCUGUCAGGAGCACCAAGGGAAUCUUCUUCUGGAUAUUUGCAGAUGGCACAUACAAAGUAACCAGUGAUCUAAGUGGUGAAAGUAUUUUGGCUGAGGGAUUAUCUCCAACCAGAGCACAUAUUUGGUACACACUCUCCCUAUCUGUCAAGGGUAACUAUGCCUCUGGAGAACUCAAUGGUCAUGCGCUCUGGACGAAUGUGGUAGUCUUGAAGCCUAAAAAUGGCUGGGCAGGUAUAGGCACAAGCGCAUUUGAAUUAGCUCAGUUUGAUAACUUUUCUGUUCACCCCUGAACGGCAUUCUAGAUUGAAUGGCAUUGAAUGGCAUUUUUUACCUAAUAAUUAACUUUGAUUGAGCAUUUGUGAGCGUGUGUGGGGGUAUAUGGGGAUUGCUAUGAAGCAGCUGGAAGGUGACCUAAAAUUUAUUUUAUCAGCACAUUCCAAAGGUCUCAGAAUAUUAUCAAUAACAGUCAUAAUAAUUCAUUGGUCAGGGUGUUGCCUGAUUAUGUGCACUGAUUAUUAUUAUGAUGAUAAUGAUGAUGAUGAUUUGUAAUCCUUCAAAACAUGAGAAUGUUACUUUUAAAAAAGUAGUGUUUAAGCCCCCCAUAUCGGAGGACAUGGUGAAUGUGGUGUGGUGUUAAAACAUCUUUGACUUAAACCUAAUGUGUUAGUCCCAGAAAUCUUUUAUACUGGCAGGAAUACCCUAUUGGGGCUUUUUAAAAGUGGAUUACUGAUGCCGAGCACCCUAUGUACUGCAAUGUUUGUAAAAAGGUUUUGUUUUUUGUUUUUUUCAAAAAAGUUGAUUUUGAAUAAAUAUGUUUAUACUAGAACUAGA